AUGACAGCAGGUUUAGUGACCUUCUUACUCAGUAAGCUUGCAGAUUUUAUCCAAGAAGAGGAGCGACUAUUGGCAGGUGUUAAGGCAGAAGCCGAGUACAUCAGGGAUGAACUAGAGUUCAUGCUGGUCUUUCUAAGAGCUGCAGAUGCGAUGGAAGAGAAAGACGAUGGACUUAAAGUGUUGGUGCAGAGAGUGAGAGAUGUUGCGUAUGACGUGGAAGAUACUCUUGAUCUUUUCAGGCUGCGUCUCACACAUGAUCAUGGGGAUAAGUUCUGUUCUUCUGUUCAAACAAUUUCCAACUCCAUCGUCACUUUAAAAGCUCGGAACAACAUAACGGAGCCAAGCUCGAGCUCCACCCACACACCAAGGGUGGCCAGGCCAGGGAAUAUAGUUGAAGAAGCAAAUAUAGUUGGCAUUGAAAAGCCCAAAAGGCAUCUUAUUGGGUGGCUUGUCAGAGGCAGAUCCGAACGUGAAGUGAUAUCAGUGGUUGGAAUGGGUGGUUUGGGUAAAACCACAUUGAAAACUGUUCCUCAAGGAGUGGACAACAUGGACAGUGAUAAGCUCAAGACGGUAAUCAAUAAAUUCCUUCAGCAAAAAAGGUAUCUCAUUGUUUUAGAUGAUGUGUGGCAUACUGAUGCUUGGGAUGCUUUUGAACCCGUGUUCCCGAACAACAGUCGUGAAGAGUCUUGGACUUUGUUUUGCAAGAAGGUAUUUCGAAACAACGACUGCCCAACACAUUUGAAGAACGUUUCAGAAAGAAUUCUGGGAAGAUGUGAAGGACUGCCGCUUGCUAUUGAGGCUAUGAGUGGUGUUCUUGCGACGAGGGACAGGAGUAAAAUAGACGAAUGGGAAAUGGUGUACCAUAGUCUUGGUGCUGGAUUGGAAGACAUCAACAGAAUGAGGAAUGCGUUGAAGAUACUAUCACUCAGUUACUAUGAUUUACCAUAUUAUCUCAAAUCAUGUUUGUUGUACAUCAGCAUCUUCCCUGAAGGCAUACCGAUUCAGCGUAUGAGACUUCUUCGAUUGUGGAUAGCAGAAGGGUUUGUGAAAGGAAGGGAGGGAAUGACAUUAGAGGAGGUUGCAGAUGAUUUUUUGAAUGAGCUCAUAAAAAGAAGUUUGGUCCAAGUGGUAGAGGCAACCAGUUAUGGUCAAGUUAAAGCAUGCCGCAUCCACGACCUUCUCCGUGAGAUACUGAUAACAAAGGCAAAAGAGCAAGAUUUCGUUGCGAUAGCCAAGGAACAGAACAUGACUUGGUCUGAAAAGAUUAUGGUAGAGGCAACCAGUUAUGGACAAGUUAAAACGUGCCGCAUCCACAACCUUCUCCGUGAGAUACUGAUUGCAAAGGCAAAAGAGCAAGAUUUCAUUGCGAUAGCCAAGGAACAGAACAUGAUUUGGUCUGAAAAGGUCUGUCGUGUAUCGAUACAUAACGACAUGCCAACCAUGCGACAAAUACAUGUUGCAUCUCGCCUUCGUUCAUUGUUGGUGUUCUGGGGAAUAGAUUAUUUUCCCGGGCCUCCUAAAUUUAUUUCGCCUUCUCGUUCAAGGCUGCUUACCGUGUUAGAUAUGGAAGGCACGCCUUUAAAGGAAUUUCCAAAUGAAGUGGUCAGCCUCAUCUUUUUAAAGUAUCUAAGUUUGAGGAAUACCAAGGUGAAUUCCGUUCCAAGCUCAAUUAGCAAGCUUCAAAACCUGGAAAGUUUGGAUUUGAAGCAUGCUGUUAUAGUGUUAAAUGUGCACGGGGUGCACACCUAA